UCAGAGUGCCUCAGUGGAUGCAGCUUGUUUUUCUGUGAUCAGACAAAUUAAAUAAAGAACCAUCUUUGGAACAGAUGCGAUGAACAAAAAAAUCCCCCCACCUCCCAGUUCCUCAGAAAAGUGAAGAAAUCAGAACUUCAACAUGCUAGCUACAGGAAGUUGGUCUCUGCUGCUCAUCGCACUUCUAACUUGCUUGUGUUGCUAUAACCUCUCACUUGCUUUUACACUGAAAAACUGCAGGAUUCUCUAUACUGAAAACGCAAAUACUAUGUCAGUUGAGUGUGCAGGGCGGGAUCUCAUUGCUAUUCCAGAUGACAUUCCCAGAAAUGCAACAUCACUGAAUUUUACCUCAAAUAAAGUUUCAAAUAUUACUGGGAAAGAUUUAAGGGGUUUAUCUAAGCUUAAAGUUGUACACGCUCAAAAUAACUUGAUUUCACACAUCGACGAUGGAGCGUUUGCAGACUUGGUAGAGCUACAAAAGCUCAUCUUGGAUAAAAAUAACCUCUCUAAAGUGACAGAAAACAUGUUUCAAGGUCUUUACAAAUUAGUGGAUCUAUCUCUGAAUAACAACCAGAUCUCAUCCAUCUCACCGGUGGCCUUUCGGUCCCUGGUCAGCUUAGGCAAAGUGAGUCUAAGCUCCAAUUUCCUGCAUCAAAUUGCAGAUAUUGCUCCAAUAUUAACACUUCCACAUUUAGAGUAUUUGUCCAUUGGCCGCAAUGCUUUUACCUCUUUUCAGUCAUCUGACCUGCCAUUAAAUAGCUCAAACCUCCUGCGACUGGAUCUCAUGUGGUGUCAGCUCAAAAAGUUCAACAUUACAAAAGACAUAUUUCCUCAGCUGAACUUACUGGACCUGAGGAGAUGUAAUACUAGCAUUGAAUGGAAUGUAGCAAACAAGACAUUUAUGAGGAGUCUAACUUCACUCUACUUGGAUGGAAAUCAUGUUACCUUUAAGGCGUACAGCGCAAUGCUACAGACUACUGACUCACUUAAAAUGCUUAAGCUGUACUUCAUGGACAAAUCGAUAAAACAUGGUAUUAUAGAUAUCGCCUGUCAGAUUCCUUCUCUAAGAAUUCUUGAUGUAGGGAAUAGCAAAAUACCCACAAUAAAGGAUACCCUCCUAAAGUCUUGCUCCCAGCUCACUCAACUCAGACUGCCUUAUAAUAAGAUGGUCAAAAUGUCCGAUCGUGCACUCCUAUCAAUGACACAGCUCAAGAACCUGGACCUGCAAAAGAACGUUCUAAGUAAAGUGCCAAUUGCUCUCCGAGGACUCUCCACGCUGGAAGUCCUGGACCUGAGCUUCAACAUCAUCAGUGAGCUCAACAGCUGUGACUUCAACCAUCUGACAAGACUCACGCACCUUAAUCUCACCCACAACCGCAUUUCCCAAAUCACACAACCUGUUUUUCAAAAGCUGUCUCAAUUGGAAGUCCUUACAUUAGAAACAAAUGAGAUUUUUUCUUUUUAUAACACCUUCAUGGGAAAAUUCUCAAAAUUAAAACGUUUGUAUUUGAACAACAACAGUUUUAAAACGCUCCAGAAAGGAGAUUUCAGGAGCAUGGAUUCCCUCGAUCAUUUGGAAUUGACAUCAGACAGCAGUUACAUCGACCAUUCGGGAAUAUUUGAAGGACUCAAAAAUCUCUACACUCUUAAAGUGUCAUGUAAGGGUUAUGUAAAAGAGUAUUUCAGGGGUCUGUCUAACUUAAACACACUGAUCUUCCAUAUUACCACAAGUCAGAACAUACAACACCAUGCACUUCCUUUCUCAUAUUUAACCAAAUUGAAGAAGCUUGACAUCAUCGAUCACAGGGAACAUCAUGAGGCUAUUCCACCAGAUGUACUAAAUGGUCUGACAUCUUUAGAGCAGUUAAUGAUGCAGAACUUUUUUGUGGGGUCUUUGCACCCAGACACAUUUAAAUACACCCCACAACUGAAAGUCCUGAAGAUAGUUCAUAGUGGGAUUUCAAAUUUAACUUCUGAAGUGUUCUGGCCAGUCCCAAACCUGACAAUGCUUGACCUCUCCAACAAUAAACUAAUGUCUUUGGAUUUCCUGGCUGAUGCCAAACUGCCGGUGCUCAGAUGGCUGAAACUCAGUAACAACGCAUUGCAAUUAAUCAAAGAGAACGUCUUAAAUUCCCUCCCUGCUUUGACAUAUCUGGACCUAGCUUCUAACCGUUUAACAUGUGAAUGCUCUAGUUCAGAUUUUAACAAGUGGAUUCAAAGUGAUAACCACACACAGGUUGUGAAUGCACACCAGUACACUUGUGCUUAUCCUGUGAGCCAACAGGGGAAAAGAUUCUUGGACUUUGAUGUCAAUUCCUGUCGGAUAGAUGCUAGUUUUCUCUGCUUCAUUUCUAGCUUUUGUCUGACUGUGCUUACUCUCCUUACAUCCUUCAUCUACCACUUCCUGAGGUGGCACCUAACCUAUGCCUACUACCUCUUCCUGGCCUUCCUCUAUGAUAAUAAGAGGAAGAAAGGCAGUCCUCACAGCUACGAUGCUUUUGUCUCCUACAAUGUUCAUGAUGAAGCUUGGGUCUAUGGAGAGUUGCUGCCAGUGCUGGAGGGCCAGCAGGGCUGGAGACUCUGUCUGCACCACAGAGACUUUGAACCAGGUAAGCCCAUCAUAGAAAAUAUUACAGAUGCCAUCUAUAACAGCAGGAAGACCAUCUGUGUGAUCAGCCAACAUUACCUGCAGAGCGAGUGGUGCUCCAGAGAGAUCCAGAUGGCCAGCUACCGUCUUUUCAAUGAGCACAAGGAUGUGUUGGUCAUGGUGUUUCUGGAGGACAUACCAGCCAGGCAUCUGACUCCAUACUACCAAAUUAGGAGUCUGGUGAAGAAGCGCACAUACCUGAGUUGGCCACAGGCUGCUCAGCAUGCUGGUGUCUUCUGGCAGAAAAUACAACAAGCUCUCAAGAGAGCAGAAAACCCCACUGAUCACAGGCAGCUCCACACUGGACACCCCAUUGUUACCCAGUGAGAUUUAACCCAUGUGGGGGUGGAAAAAAGAACGGACUGAGUAUAUAAAAGAAGUAAAUUCUGGGUCAGAAAAGUGAAACUAAUACAGAAAUGUCCAAACAUGCAUUCUUUCUAACGCCCACCAGGGGGCGAAUCCUGUGGUUUCAAAAAGGCAUCUGGUUGUAGAAGAGUACAGGAAAACCAUUCUCCCUUUUCCUUCACCUGUGACCUUAGUGACAACUUUCUUAAUGAGUUUAUGUGCUCAUUCAAUAGUGUCACGUCUUACUGGAAACAAUAUGGUGUUCAUUUAGUAAAUUAUGCCUUCACUUCCACUGCAGUGUGACUGACAAGUCACUAGUCACUGUGUCAGUGCAGUAUCCUUCAGUAACUAAGUCAGAUCUGCCCCUUGCUCGUGACAUCUGCUUUUAAAUAAUGGAGAAAAUGCUAGGUUUGGCACCUUACUAAAGAGUAAGUGGCUCUAGUUUAGAUACAGUCUAUGUGGAAAAAAAGGUGAUUUUGUUUAUAUUUGUAUAUAUAUUCUGAUAAGCAUUGUGCUUCCAGUGGUCACUGCUUUGAUUCCAGCCAGAGACAUAAAUCCUUUUCAGGGUUGCAUCAGGAAGUGCAUCUGGUGUAAAACUCUGCCAAACUGCCAAAUCAAAUACGCUGUGACAAGUGAGGAGUCUAAAAAAACAUUUUUUUAUUCUAAAAUCUGAAUUUAUUAUAAUUCUGUUUUAAGUUCUGUUGUUUAUACUAAUACACAUGAUUGAUGUGCUACAAAAAUUACGAUAUGUGCAUUUUUAUUAACACCUGUACCAAAUUGUGUCUUCCUGUCAGGACUAAAUGAACUGAAUGACAUUUAGUCUCAUUUUAGUCACACCAGCACACUGCUGUUUUCCUGUACAUGUCUGUCACUGCCACCUGAGGGUUGUUAGUGACUCUUUAGAUACCUAAAAACAAUUCCUAGUUUAGAAAAUGGCUUCAUAUUUUUAUAUGUGCAAAAUGUAUGAAUUCUCAGACAUUUUUUUUCUUAUCAUAAAAUUGUAAGUGUAAAUAAAACUUUUUUUCCUAGUUAGUAGUCUUAAAAGAAAACCUAUGAUAAUCAAUAUUAUAACAUUUUUGUCACAUGAGAAAGCUGUAAGAAUA